CCAAAAUGCCAGCCCUGCACAUCCUGAACCCUGAGCUGCUUCCUGUGCCCACCCCGAGCCCUGUGAGACCCCAGCCCUCUCACCCAGCACCCCUGAGCAUCCCCUGCCCUGCUCCCUGGCGAUGGAGCAGGGGGUCCCGAGGGGUGCCAGGGGUGGGGGGGACAUCCUCAUCCUCACUGCCAUCCUCUCCUCCCGCAGCAAGGAGGAGGCAGAGGCCAUGGAGAAGGAGCUGCUGGAGGAUUAUCGGUUUGGGCGGCAGCAGCUGAUCGAGAUCUGGGGACAGGCUUGUGCCGUGGCUGUGACCAAGGCCUUCCCACUGCCGUCCCUGCCGCGGAAGCAGCCCACGGUGCUGGUGGUUUGCGGCCCGGCGCAGAACGGGGCCAUCGGGCUGGUGUGUGCCCGGCACCUGCGGAUCUUUGACUACGAGCCCACCAUCUUCUACCCCAAACGCUCCCCGGAUCCCCUGCACCGGGAUUUCACCACGCAGUGUGAGAAGAUGGACAUCCCCUUCCUCUCCUACCUCCCCACCGAGGUCCAGCUGAUCAACGACGCCUACAACGCGGUGGUGGACGCGGUGCUGGGAGCCGAGGCAGAGGUGGGCGAGGGGCGGGGGCCCUGUGCCCCCAUCCUGGCCACCCUCAAGAACAUCCGCAUCCCCAUCAUCAGCUUGGAUGUGCCCUCAGGGUGGGAGGUGGAGGCUGGUGGCAGUGGUGGUGGCAUCAGCCCCGAGGUGCUGGUGUCCCUGUCAGCCCCCAAGCAGUGCGCCCGCCGCUUCCUGGGCCGCCAGCACUUCGUGGCCGGGCGCUUCCUCCCCUACGACCUGCAGAAGAAGUUUGAGCUCAACCCACCCCAGUACCCUGGCACCGAGUGUGUGGUGGCCCUGCCAGCCCCCCGGGAAUAAAGCUCU